AUGGCGGAGAACACGCAGACUAUGCUGAUGCAGAAAGCAAGAGCGUCCGGCUCCAUUGAUAUGUUCGAGCUGACAUGUCUACUUUGGGGAAACGAACGUGUUGUUAAGGAGCGACGAGCUGCUUUCGAGCGUGUUGAGAAAGCACUCGGCACCUACGAUAGUACGAAACUUCCGCGAUGCUACUCAGAAACCUCACGCGAGGAUCUGUUUGAGCAAGGUCUCGAGAUGGGAAAAGCAUGUCUUGAUAAUAUGCUCGAGCAUAACCACGAAUACUUCGUAUGGGUCACUCCUCGAUACAACCUCGUAAACGCAAGUCCCUUCGGUCACAAAGCUGUUCUGUUUGAGCCUGCAAUGGAACACAAUGGUACAGAAGAACAAAAGGCACAGUGGCUUCCGCUGGCUCGAUCCGGCAAGAUACUCGGUACAUAUGCACAAACUGAACUUGGCCAUGGUUCUUUCGUGCGAGGCAUCGAAACCACUGCGACCUUCGACCCUGAUAGCGAUGAGUUUGUUGUUCAUUCACCAACAAUUUCAUCAACGAAGUUUUGGCCUGCUGGAUUGGGCUUCUCGACCACACACGGCGCAGUCAUGGCUAGACUUAUUGCCGGUGGUCAAGAUCAGGGCCCGCAUAUCUUCCUUGUGCAACUUCGAUCGCUGAAGGAUGGCAAGCCAAUGCCUGGUAUCAAAAUGGGCGACGUUGGCUUGAAGCUUGGCUACAACGAAGCAGACAAUGGCUUCGCCUCUUUCGACCAAGUUCGCAUACCUCGAUCGCAGAUGCUCAUGGCGCACAGUCAGCUCGCACGCGACGGCACAUUUACCAAAGACCCCCUUCGCGCCAAGCUCUCAUACUCGGUCAUGCUGCUUGUUCGCAGCAGGAUGCCUGGUAUCUUUACCGUACAACUAGCGCAAGCAUUGACGAUUGCGACACGAUAUUCUGUUGUGCGACAACAGGGCCUUGGUCCUGCCGAUGCGCUGAACACCGAGGCGAGCAUUUUCCAGUACAAGCACCAACAUUUCCGUCUUGUGAGCAUGAUAGCCAAGACGUAUGCAAUGUUCUUCGGUUCGCGGGUCUGCGAUGACCAGUACAACGAACUCCGUGAGAUGCAGAGCAAGAACGACCAUUCUCUCUUGCCAUCUGUUCACGCAUUAACUGCGGGCAUGAAGGCAUACGUUACAUCAGAGGCCGCUGACGGUGCUGAAGAGGCGCGCAAACUAUGUGGUGGCCAUGGAUAUAUGUCUAUAUCCGGCCUUCCGGAUAUCGUCGGUGCUCUCACAGGCGGUGCGACGUUUGAGGGCGAGAAUUAUGUCCUCUGGCAGCAGGUUGGACGACACCUGCUGAAGCAACUCGACCGUCUACAGGAUGGCGAGCCAAUCGAGCCGCAGGUGCAAUACCUGGCUGAUGUUGAAGAUUCCAACAUUGCAUGCAGCGCGUUUGGCACGCAGUUUCUCGAUCCGGAAGUGCAGCUUACGAUCUACCGCGACCGCGCACAUCGUCUAGUUGUCAAAGCGCAUUCAGCUAUUCGAGCUUCCAGCAAGCUGCCUGCGGAUGCAUGGAAUGAGCAUCUGAUGCUGCUGAUUUCCGCCUCACGAGCUCACAUUGAGUACUUCAUUCUUAGAUCCUUCAUUGACACUAUCUCAAGUCUUCCUGAUACCACGUCGUCCAACCUUCGCACUGUACUGAACCGAACGCGCUCGCUCUUCGCCCUCUCCACCAUCAUAAACCCACGAACAGUCGAUGCCCUGUCUUUCGUCGAGACAGCCCAUUCGGAUUCCCCAUACCUCACAACGAUGCAACUCGAUCUCAUCCGCUCACUGGUCAACGGCUUGCUCGAUCAGCUUCUGCCUGAGGCAAUCGCAUUGACGGAUGCUUGGGACUUCUCUGAUGCAAGUCUUUGCAGCGCAUUGGGUAUGUAUGACGGCAAUGUGUACGAGAAUAUCAUGCGCUGGGUCGACCAAUUGCCUAUCAAUCAGAAGGCGUGGCAGAACAGCGGGGUACAAGAGGGGUGGAAGAAGUGGGUUGACCCCAUCUUGAAGAGAGAGAUGGCGAUGUUGUAA